CGGCAGUGUGAAGUCCGGUGCCUGCUCGCGGGACUAGAGUGAUAGAAUUUCGUUGCUCUUGCUGACUAGACCCAAGGAAGCGCCAGAAAAGGAUACCAUGGGACAAACGGCAAAUGAAGAGUCAAUGGAUGUCAAGAAGGGUGAUGAAGAGAAACCCUCUGAUACAGGCACAUCCUCUGUACAAAGUGAUUAUUUUAAUUGGGAUGAAUAUUUGAAAGAAACUGGAUCCAUAAGUGCUCCUUCAGAAUGCUUCAGACAGUCUGAGAUUCCACCAACUAAUGACUUCAAAAUUGGUAUGAAAUUGGAAGCUCGUGACCCUCGGAAUAUGACUUCAAUAUGUGUCGCCACAGUCAUUGGCUGUAUUGGGGCCAGAGUACAUUUACGGCUGGAUGGUAGUGAUGAUAAGAAUGAUUUUUGGAGACUUGUUGAUUCCUCAGACAUUCAACCUAUUGGAACAUGUGAAAAGAAAGGACAGCUUCUUCAACCUCCACUAGGAUACCAGAUGAGCGUGUCAUCUUGGCCUAUGUUUCUCCUGAAGACAUUAAAUGAAGCUGAGAUGGCAUCUCCUACAUUAUUCAAGAUGGAACCACCAAAGCCACCCAUAAAUAAUUUUAAAGUGGGGAUGAAACUGGAAGCGAUUGACAUAAAGAAUCCUUACUUUAUCUGCCCGGCAACCAUUGGAGAUGUUAAAGGAGAUAAAGUCUAUGUUCAGUUUGAUGGUUGGAGUGGAACAUUUGAUUAUUGGUGCAAGUAUUACUCCAGAGAUCUCUUCCCAGUUGGAUGGUGUUGCCUGACAGGAGAUGUAUUACAGCCAAUUGGAACUAAGGCUAAAAAAAAAAAACCCAAGCGCAGAGGAGUGACCAGACCUCUGAAAGAUGAAGAAGAAGCCAUAGCUGAAGCACAAUCUUCUGCUUCUGAAGAGACCCAGAAGCCACAGAAAACCAAGGGAACAACAACACAGCCGACAAGGAAAUCUAGUAGAAUUAAAAAACCUAAACCUACUCCAGUUCCUAAGAAGGGCUCUGUUAAAACUACCACCUCAAAGAAAACCAAGGAAAAAUUUAUUCCUGUGUUAUGUUCCACAUCUUCAGCUUCUCUGCGUUCUCUGACCAGAGGCCGUGGUAGUUCUAAGGAUGCUAUUCCUGGACCAUCUAAAAUAGUGAUGUCUACAGUCUGUGUCUAUAUAAACAAACAUGGAAACACUGGCCCUCACCUGGAUCCAAAAAAAAUCCAGAAUCUUCCUGAUCACUUUGGCCCAGGCCCUGUGAAUGUGAUACUUCGUCGGACUGUUCAGUCCUUUGUGGAUUGUGCCUUUGAAGCAAAGACUGUUUUUGGAUUUCUUAAGCCAGAUAAUCGUGGAGGAGAAGUGAUAACUGCCUCCUUUGAUGGAGAAAACCAUGCCAUCCAGCUUCCCCCAGUGAAUAGUGCAUCAUUUGCUCUUCGCUUUCUUGAGACCUUGUGUCACAGCCUGGAGUGUGAUAACCUUUUGAGUAGCCAGCCUUUUAGCUCUUCUAAGGGUAAUAUUCAUAGCCUUACAGAACAGAAUAAACCAGAAAAAUUGUUGCUUGAAGGAGCUGAUAUUCCCCUAGAGGAAAAACUUCAUGAAGAUUGUAAGACUCCACCACUAAGUUUAGGAGAUUGUUUGAGUUCUCUCUGUGAAGUUGUACCAGCUACAAAUGUACCUCCAGAGGAGAAGAAAUCACCUUCCAAGAGCAGUUACUUUGAUUCUCCAUUUCAAAUGCAGAGCGAAAGUGAAGAUCCAAGUUAUAUAGCUGUACCUGACCCCAGUGUCCUGAAACAAGGCUUCUCUAAGGACCCUUCAACCUGGUCUGUGGAUGAAGUGAUACGGUUUAUGAAACGUACAGAUCCUCAGAUAUCAGGCCCCCUCGCCGACCUCUUCAGGCAACAUGAAAUUGAUGGAGAUGCUCUGCUUCUACUGAAGAGUGAUAUGAUGAUGAAAUAUAUGGGGCUGAAGCUGGGGCCAGCGUUAAAACUAUGUUACUACAUUGAAAAGCUUAAAGAAGGAAAAUACAACUGAAAAAAAAUGCACAAGUUUAGAUUAAACAUAAUCCUCAGGUGUUCUGAAAAAGUUUUGAUUUAGAAACAUUUGUCUUAUCUUAGAAGUUUUUAUUUCAUAGAUUACUAUAAAAUGUAUUAUCAGAUUUGUAGAACUACAUUUUAUAGCUUUAUAAAACAUUUAAGGGCUUUGGGAAGUUACUCAACCAGUGACUUCCUAGGAAUUACAAGGCCCUGAGUUGAAACGCAAAUACUUUUCAAAAAAUAAAUACAUUGAAAACCAUUUAACAUGUUAGUACCACAAUACUUAAAUUGGCAAUUCA